CGGGAAGCAGGCAGCGCGGACGUGCGACCCAGACCCCUCGCAGCAGCCGCCAGCAGUCGCCCAUGGAGCAGCGCGACGCCGAGGGGACCUGCCGCCGCAAGGAGUGGCGCGCGAGCGGGGGCAGCUCCGGAAGCUGCGCGGACCUCGACUUCCGGUCGCCGGAGGACGAGGGCGGCGGCCUGGAGCGCGACAAGACCUACCCCUUCGCCCUGGUGCUGCGCCUCAGGGUGCUGCAGAUCGUGCUGGGUAUCUCCACGCUGGUCAUGGGGACCGUGAGCAUCAUUGAAGAACGAGGACAAGUUAACUUGGGGCUGGGACUGCCUGCCGGAGGCCUCACUGUCCUCGCUGCAGCGGCCAGCAUCCACACGAGCAGGGGCUUCGGCGGCUACCAGCCACCAGGGGCAGUGCUGGCGGCGGCGCGCUGCCCCGGGAUGCCGCUGCGGGCGGCCGGCCCGCCACUAGCGCUCUGGGCGGCGGCCAGUCUGGUGCACGUGGCGCUCCUGGUGCAGGCGGUGCGAACCCUCGCGCUCCCGGCCGCCCACGACCUCCUGGUGCUGGCCUCUGUGGAGCUCGCGCUCACUCUCGCCGUGGCCGCCACCGCCGCCGCCGCGCUGCUUGUCGACUGCAGGUACGACCCCGACUGACCCGCGCUCGUCGCCGACCUGCCCGCGCCCACCGUCAGCAUCGUGGGACUGCAGCCCGCGCCGGCCAGCUCCCGGGUCGCCUGGGCCGUCUGAGGUCUCCGCCCCGUGGCGCAGGCCACCGCUCUCCGGGGCAGCUCGCCCGGCAGAUGGCAGUGUUUAAGAGACCACCGGGAAGGACAGUGUCACUUAUGACUAUGCUCAAAUGUUUUCGUUUCCUUCCAAGGAUAGGCUGUAUAUUCAGCCAAUAUAAUUCCCCCUUCCCCUCCUUCGUGUACAAAAUAUUUCCUUACAUAAAUGGCACUGAACUGAUGAUAUUAUUAUUAUUAUUAUUAUUAUUAUUAUUAUUAUUAUUUAAUUGCAACAAGCAAUAAUAAAAACCAGUUGGCGCUAUAAUAGUUUAACUACAUAAUAUUUUCAUUAUAAAAGAAAUUAUUUAAGGUUAUGUAAGUCAGAAAACCAACAUCUAUAAAAGGAAAUAAGUAUUGUUUGUAAGAAAAGUGAUAUUUAUUAUGUAUUUCGUUUAUAAAAUUUUCGUGUGUAGAACUAUACCAUGGCUGUGAAGUUUCCAGCUACUCAGUUCUCGUUUCGAGAAAUUCGGGCAGUUUCCCUUACCCCAUUACAGAGAGGUACCUAUGCUAAAUAUGGAUGUAUGCCCACAUAAGAGACUAGAGAAUAUUAUAUUUUUAAUGGAAUUAAUUAUUUCCUUUUGUAAGUUUACGUUAGUAAACAGAAAGUUUUCUCUACAUUGCUGAGGCUUUGAGAUGGAUAACAUAAUGCCUCUUAAAGAGAGCUAUUAGCUAUCCAUUGACCUUACUUCUUCGAAAUGUUUGUCAGUGGAAACUAAUAUUUCACGUCGGGACCAAUUCAGUAAUGUGUUUGUAUAUAUCAUGUAUAUUCCUCAUGAAACAUUCUAAUUGUAGUAAACUGUCAUUUUUGGUACUCUGUGACCUUAUAUAUGUAUGAAGAUGAUGUGAAUGAUUAUAUACCUUAGAUACUAAACAGUUUCGCAAUAAUCAAUAAUUUGAUUUUUAAAUGUUUUAUGUGAUUGUAACAUUAAUCUUUCAGCAAAUCUCAAUACUAGCCCUAUAUAUAUUAUUGAAGUUAAUUUUUGUUUUAAUUUUGAUCUAAGCCAACAU